AUGACGGCAGUGGGUGGGAUGUUUUUGGUGGGACUGGUAAUUCUUGCCCUGCUGGCGGACAAACAGAGUGGCGGUGGCGGUCGGGACGGUGCGGGAGUGUCCACUGGAGCGACGGCAAGUAUCAUCUACACCGGCUAUAAGCUACCCUUUCCGCGGCAUCGGUUGUUCUACAAAUCGGUCGGGGAGCGUAAGAUCGGCUCGAACCUGUACGAGGUCAGCACUAUCAUCCAGGGAGACAUUUUGCUGCGGAAGCAGUGCGAGUGUAUGCUACGUUACCGGUGUCGUAUUCCACGGAGCAUCUUCUACCUAUCGAGUCGCGAUUGUCAUCACCGGGAAAAAGUGUGCUGCGAGCUGCUGGAGAAUGCGUACGAAUCGAACAACGACACGGCCGCGGUCAACGAUCACCACCAGUUCGUCAGCGACAACGAGAUCUAAGAUCCGGUGACGGUGCCGACAGAGCGCGAAGGGAGGACAAUGUUCCAACUAACCCAUAUGCUUCUCCCGGUCCACGUCGCCAAAGUCGAGCGAGGAGUUUUUGCUGAGAUGCCGCGUCGUCCCGAGGCAGUCCUUCGCGCUGGACUCGUUGUACAUCGUCAGCAGGCCCCAGGUCCACUCCUGGUCGGUGUCGAUCCAGUUCAGCAGAUCUUCCGCCCGCAGUAUCACCUUGUCCGAGAUUGCCAGCACCUCGUCCUGCGAAGAGAAAGUGAGAACAAACAACCGUUAGUAUGUUGUGAAACCGAAACACGUGAUGUACAAUUAUUUUUAACAAGUAUACCACAAAAGAAGUGACAAUUAAUUUAGCGAUACAAUAGGACUCCUUGUGCGAACGUCUACAAUCGUUUUAAAAACGAUCAUUAACGGAUACUUAAUU